CUUCUCGAUAAAAAGCUGAGAGUGGAGACCAGCCCAGUUGUGUGAGUCUGGAAUUUAGCAUCUGUGCUUGAUAUUACUACUGGAACCGGAGCCUGACCUCGCCUCAUUCUUAGCAAUGGCAUGUCAUGUGGCAUUUGAAAAUGCUGGCAAAAAGCCAGGGCUUACCAUAUGGAGGAUCGAGAACAUGAACCCUGUCCCAGUUCCUGAAAAUCUGCAUGGGAAUUUUUACAUUGGUGAUGCCUACAUCGUAUUUAAUACAACUCCAGAUUUUAAGUAUCAUAUCCAUAUGUGGCUGGGAAACCAGUGCCAACAAGAUGAAUCUGGAUCUGCUGCCAUUUUCUGUACCCAACUGGAUGAAAGCCUCAAAGGUGUUCCUGUGCAGCACAGGGAAACACAAGGCAAUGAAACAAGCAAGUUCCUGGGCUAUUUUAAGAAUGGAGUUGUAUACAAGGAAGGAGGCAUUGCAUCUGGGUUUACACAUGUAGUCACCAAUGACAUCAGUGCAAAGAGGCUGCUGCACGUAAAAGGCAGACGAAAUGUGCGUGCCCACGAAGUACCUUUUGCGUGGUCCAGCUUUAACAAAGGAGACUGCUUCAUUAUUGAUGCUGGAGCUCACAUUUAUCAGUGGAAUGGAUCAAAGAGCAAUAUUCAUGAGAAGCUCAAAUGCUGUCAGCUUGCAACAAGUAUCCGCGAUAAAGAGAGAGGAGGACGCUCCAAGGUGCAUGUGGUGGAAGAAGGAUGUGAGCCCACAGAGGUCAUUGAGUUACUGGGUCCCAAACCAACCCUUCCAGAAGCACCUGUUGAAGAUAGCUCUGCUGAUUUGACAAGCAAGAAAAAAGCCACACUCCACAUGAUCUCCGAUGCCAGUGGGGAGUUGUGUUUGACAGAGGUGGCUGCUGAGAGCCCAUUUAAAAUGGCUACACUUUCUACCAACGAAUGCUACAUCCUUGACAAUGGGCCAUGUGGCUACAUAGCUCUGUGGAAAGGAAAAUCCUCCAACAAGUCUGAACGGAAGGUUGGAUUUGAAACGUGCAUGUUCUUCAUAAACACAAAAAAUUAUUCAAAAAAUACAAAGGUAGAAAUUCUUGCAGAAAAUGGUGAGACAGCAUUGUUCACUCAAUUCUUUUUGGACUGGAAAGUUGUAGACCAAGCUGAAGGGCUUGGAAAAGUGUACACUAUUGGCACUGUUGCCAAAAUCAAAUCUGUUCCAUUUGAUGUCACCAAGCUUCAUGAGUCACCGGCUAUGGCAGCACAAUACAACAUGGUGGAUGAUGGGUCGGGCAAGGUCCAGAUCUGGCGAAUUGAGGAGUUCAAGAAAGAACCUGUUGACCCUUCAUCAUAUGGGCAGUUCUAUGGUGGAGACUGCUACCUUGUCCUGUACUCCUACAAAUUGGGUGACAAACAGCAGCAUCUCAUUUACAUUUGGCAAGGCAACAAAGCUUCAAAAGAUGAGCUUGGAGCAUCAGCCGCCCUUGCAGUUGAACUUGAUCAGGAGAUGAAAGGUCUGCCUGUCCAGGUACGGGUGACUCAGGGGCAGGAGCCUCCUCAUCUGCUAAGCCUGUUUAAAGACAAAACACUCAUUGUGCACCUUGGAGGGACAUCCAGGAAGGGUGGGCAAACCCCUGUGGCACCAGUUCGACUUUUCCACAUCAAGAUAAGCUCAACUGGAGCUUCCAGAGCUGUUGAGGUGAAUAGUGAUGCCGAGUCUUUAAACAGCAAUGAUGCAUUUGUGCUGAAGACUCCACAGGAGACGUACAUUUGGAAAGGCUUGGGUGCUAGUGCUCCUGAAUUAAAGACUGCCAAGUACUUGGUCAGUGUUCUGGGGGGAAGUCCAACAGAGAUCCAAGAAGGGAAAGAACCAGAAAACUUCUGGAAGGUUCUUGGUGGGAAGAAGGAAUACCAGACCUCCAAAUCCCUGAAAGAUAAAGAUACCACUCACCCGAUUCGUUUGUUUGGGUGUUCCAACAAAACAGGAACAUUUGUUAUUGAGGAAGUUCCAGGAGAAUUCACACAGAGUGAUCUGGCAGUUGAUGAUGUUAUGCUGUUGGACACUUGGGAUCAAAUCUUCCUUUGGCUUGGCAAGGAUGCCAAUGAAGUGGAAAAGUCUGAGUCCCUGACAUGCGCAAAGAAAUACUUGGAAGCUGAUCCAUCUGGACGAGACUUGGGGACUCCCAUUGUUACUGUGAAACAAGGAAAUGAGCCACCAACAUUCACUGGCUGGUUCCUGGCUUGGGACUCCCACAUGUGGGAUGUGAGCCCUCUGCAAAAGGCUCUGGCUAAGUUCCAGGUGUAGUGAUAAGGGAUUACACAAGUUCCCUCUUUUUUUUGUUUGCAUGUUCUAGCUGCAAUGCAUUGAAGCAUUGGGUUUUCUAGUGCCAGUAGAAAUUUGGCAACCUAUUCCACAGUUUAAGGAUAUAUGAGUGACAAUAUUUAUUCACUCUUCUGCUUCAACACAUCAUGAAUAAUAUUGGUAAUAAUCACAGUUUCAAAGUUGCCCCUGUUGUUGGUUUAGACUUUUUAAAAAAAAAACUACAACAUGUGUACCAAAAAACAUUUAGAAAAACUAGCUACUGAUUGACCCAGUGCAAUCAUUCCUUCCAGUGGUGCUGUAAUUCUGACCUUAUGCUAGACCGGAUAAAAAUCCAUUUGGGUUGAGCCAGUUAGAAAACCUGAAAUAAGGCUACAGUGUUGCAUGUGAUACUCCAGGCUAUUACCAGUCAAAACACUUGAAGAGUUUUGACCACCUCUUACUACUUGCAGUAAAAUAAUGGGACCUGAACUGACUUGAAAAUGGGAAGUGUUUGCAGGGAAUCAAUGUGAUGCCCCUGUAAUCAGUUGGUGAGGGGUUGUAAAUGUUUAUGACUUGGAAAUAGAAGAUAUGGACAGAUCUCACACACACACACACACACACACACACACACACACACUCUCUCUCUCACUCUCAUUUAAGAUCACUGUCAACCCUGGAAGUGCCUUGUAUACUGUUGAGCACUUGGUAUCAAUGUCAGAUGCAGGCUUGAGGAUGGCUUGGUUGCUUGCUACAUUUUGAAGUCAGAGGGAUGCAACAUUGAAAAGUAAUUGCUUUUGCAAAAACAAAUAUCACUUUGCACUGCAUUGUAAAAUUCCAAAGAAUAUUCUAAACCUCUGUGGCCUUGUGUUUAGACUGAAUUUCUUAUACUUGUUUGGGGGGGGAGGUGUUUGAGCAAUGGCAAUAUUGAAUUGUCUGCUGCCACCGUCACUGAAGCGAUACUGCUGGUAAAUGGCUUUCCAGUUUUUGCAGAGAGCAGGGGAAUUUUUGGGGUAAAUUUUAGCAAGGCUUCUGCAAAAUUGCUUGGCUCAGAAAAAAUAUCAUGUGUCUUUGUUUAUUCUUGCAUUGGAGCCUUAAUAAAGUUUUUAUUUGGAAAAUUUUAAACAA